UGCUAUUCAUUUUAGCGACUCGAUGCCUACCGGUGACGUCAUGCGCGUAGGUCGUGUUCGGCUCGUUGAAUGUCUCCAAAAGUGAAUUUAGCUGCAAUCGAAUGAUGCAUUAUCGUCUUGCAGGGAAUGUUAUCGCUCUACCUGUCCAUGCGCGGACUUGAGAGGAUAAUCAUUACCACUAAGCCAGUGUGACCAAAUCUGGAUGUCUGCCAUUCCCCCCAUCCUGCCCAGUGCCACGGGACACCAUGGAUGACGUCACCCUGGAGGCAGCCAUCACGACCUAUGAAGCCCAGCUGCAGCAGGUGGAUGCCACCCUGGCAGCUGGCCUGGACCCCUCCCAGCUGCAGGACUUGCUCAAGCUCAGAGCGGACCUGUGUCAGCUGAUGGAACUCACCAAGGCCAGCUUGUUGUCUUUCCCUCAUCUGGCCUCCCUAGGUGGUGCCAAUGAAGCCUCCCUGGGGAGUGCCAGUGGAGCCUCCCUGGGGGGUGCCAGUGGAGCCUCCCUGGGGGGUGCCAGUGGAGCCUCCCUGGGGGGUGCCAGUGGAGCCUCCCUGGGGGAUGCCAAUGGAGCGCCCAUGGUGGGUGCCAAUAGAGCGGCCAUGGUGGGUGCCAAUGGAGCGCCCAUGGGGGAUGCCAAUGGAGCCUCCCCGGGGGAUGCCAAUGGAGCCUCCCCGGGAGAUGCCAAUGGAGCCUCCCCGAGGGGUGUCAAUGGAGCACCGGCGGACACACAGGACCAACUGGAAUCCCAGUUUGCGGCUUUCUACUCUGAACUGGGGGAGUCCUCGGGGACUAGGUGUGAUAUGAAGGAGCGAGACCAGGAGAGUGACGAGGAAGAGGAGGAGGAGGAGACGCUGAGUGGUACCAAAGUAAGAGCACCGUACAGGACGUCGUGGGGUACCCUGGAGUUCCACAACGCCAUGGUGGUGGGGGCAGAAGCACCUGACGGCGAUGAGGCGCAAGUUCGAGUUUUGUACAUUUACCCCACUCAGAAGUCCAUGAAGCCCUGUCCUUUCUACCUGGAGGACAAGUGUCGCUUCCCAGAUAACUGCAGGUUCUCCCAUGGAGAGGUGGUGUAUGUGUCGGAGCUCCGAGACUUCCUGGACUGUGACCUGAGUAACCUGGAAAAAGGCUCGUCCUGCCUGGCUCGGCACGAGGACUCCAUCUGGUACUCAGCCAGGAUCACAGAUGUCCAGCAGGGGUUCUACACGGUGAAGUUUGACUCCCAGCUGCUGAAAGAUGCUGUCAUGGAGGCCGACUGCAUCAUCCCCCCGCUGAGAGAAGAAGACCCGCCCUCCUCUGACUCUGACCGCCAUGAUGAAGAAGAUGAUGAUGAGCAGGUGGUGGAUGCUGAAGUCAGCGGUCAGGAAGUGGCUGCAGUAACUACUUCCUGUUUUGGCGGUUGGGAGGUUCACACCAGAGGCAUCGGAUCCAAGCUCAUGCUGAAGAUGGGAUAUGAAUAUGGCAAAGGUUUAGGGAAAGCACAGACAGGUCGAGUGGAGCCCGUCAUGGCGGUGGUCCUCCCCAGAAGUGACUUGCUGGACCAGUGCGGCGAGCUCACCCGCCCACGCUCUCACAGCCGACUGCAAAAAGACGGCGGCGAGCCAACCAGACGAGUGAAGCGGCGGCGGAAGCCCGGGAGCGCCGGCAGGGAGCGCCACACCAUCUUUGACUUUCUUAACCACAAGCUGGGCGACAAGAAGCAAGAUGGCGCCCAGGACAAGGCGGCACUGGGCGGCGUGGACGCCUACAAGGGUGGUGUGGACGCCUACAAGGGUGGUGUGGACACCUACAACGGUGGUGUGGACACCAAGCGCAGUCUGAACAUCAAACUGUUCCAGGCCGCCCAGAAGGUGGCACAGACCCAGAGGGAGAUCCACAACCUGACUCUCGCACUCAGUAGGCACACAGGAAGGUCCAUGGUGAAGCAGCUGGAAGAGAAGCUGUCGGUGGCUCGUCAGCUGCUGACUCAGCAGAAAGCUCAGGAGUUGUCCAUCCAGAAAGAACACAGCAAGUUAAACACACACAAGAAAAUGACCCAGUUCUGAACUUUUACUAAAUCAUGGACUUCAACUUGCAUCUUUUCUCCUGCUUUUCUUCUUCACUCAAAAUUAAUACUUUGAUGAGCAGUUAGGAUUGAUCUUAAUUUUCCCUCUGGGAUUAUUAAAGUAUUUCUGAUUCUGA